CUUCUCUGCAUCUCGUUGACGCGGAACCGCGUAGAAAAGUCUCUGCUUUCCAACGUUCACGCAGCAUCACGUGUCUUACAGCGCGAACACGCACUUUAGUUGUGGUCUAAACUCAUUUCUACACUAUUAGACUUUUAGGCUCCAAGCUAAACAAUUAUGGACCAAGAGUCCUGGCUGACCUGUGAGAAGUCUGCAGUCUUGCAGGGGGGAUUUCUUCUGGCAAAUCAGUUGUGUCAGCCAGAGCCUCUGUCUGCUUUGAGAAAGGAGGACUGGAAGCACGUCGGAUGCCCUAUUGUUCAGGCAGUCACCGAAGUAUGUGGACAGUUGUGUGUAACCAAGCAUGAUAGGCUUCACUGGAGAAAGAGGAUUCUGUGUAUUCUGUGGAGUAAAAUUUUGGAAAAUGAGAGAGGGGAUGAUCUUGAUAUCAGUUGGAAGGAAAAUCCGUUAUUUGCCUUUCAGAAUAGCCUCCCAAAUAUUAACCAUACUUUAAUGUUUGAACUGAUCAAAUCCAUGGGCUUCUUCAGGAUUUAUGUUGAAUUGCUGCAGUGCUUUGAACCAGUUCAUCAGCGCACAGAGCUGGAGAAAUUGGUCAAACACGUUGCAAAGGACACUACAGAACCUGAUGUAAAAUUUUUGCUGGAAGUGUGGUGGGAGCUGUUGAAAGAAAGGCAAGAAACUGAGGACAACCAUGACCAAAUCUUUACAGCCUGGUAUGUUCAUUUCACACGGACCCUCUCUGACUGCUCACCACAAGCUUCAAAACGAUUUAAACCUGACCCAGAUGUGGAGGUGUCCAACACAUGCAUAAUGUCCAUCUUAUUCCAAGUAUUACAGGACAUAAAGGAUGCUGUAAUGUCAUCUGAAAUAUGUUAUUUUGCUCUCUCCAACUGCCUAGAUAUGCUGUACACCUACUUUCUGUUGAACCAUGCAACGGACAUCCCAGCUGAAGUCAAACUCCAAAACAUUGCCCACUCGGUAAGCCUGCAAAAGAGAAAUAAUCCUUUAGAAGAUGUUGAUCUUAUUCGGGUCAUCCGUGAGUCUCACAGAGAUCUUCUUGCUAUACUCACUCCUGCUCGGAGCAAACCGUCUGGAAUUACACUGAGCCAAGCCAUGGAUACAAUACUUGAAUUAAUGUGUGCAUGGAAAAACAAAGGGUUAUUGAAGAUGCCCACUAAUGACCCAAGUGCUUUAGCAAUCCGUCUCAAGGAUAGUCUGGACAGAGUUCUUAAAACUUUGGAAAUCCAUUCUGGAAACCUGGAGGGAAAUGAACAGAUGGUAAAUAGUUUGAAAAGAACUUUGGAAGAUUUGCUUGCAUCCACAUCUUUUAAUGUACCUGAAAGUUCAUCAAAUGAGAUAGAAAGUGUUGCCAUAAUGAUCAUUGACAGCAAUUUGAAGGGUUUUGAGGAUCUCCCUAAACUUUUUGCCUCCAAACUGAGCCAGAGUUUUGGUGAUACAGAGUGGUUAAGCUGCCUUGAAAGAAACAAAGGUACAUUUCAGAAAAAAGACCUGGUCAUGGCCUUGGUCUCUUCUCUUAUAUACAAAUGCCAAAACAAUGAUGUGAAACACUGCAAAAAGUUCAAAGAUAUUGUUGUGGAAAUAUUUUCCCAGCUGCCUUUGCCAGAUAAGAAUUCAGUUCUUUCUGAAAUUCUUACCUUAUCUAAGAAGGGUUUGCAUGGCUGUCUUCCCAGUGCUGUAACCGUAGGCUAUGAUGAAGAGCUCAAUCUUGCAUUCAAUUGUAUUAUUCAAGGUGACGCAAAAAACAACUUGAGCUCAGCUGUCAGUGCUGUGGCACGUGUGGCCUUCCAGAACCCUGAGGCCACGAUGCACCGGUGCUGCCACAUGGCUGUGGUGAACCUUGGUGCUCAUACAUUCCUUGCUCAGAUUCUCCAACAGCUUUCUGGAUUUAUGAGCAAAAGGGACCCGAGUGGGACAAGAAGCAAAGAACACAACCUGUUAUUCAGAUGUCUGCAAGAUACGAUGUGGAACAAACUUUCUUCAAAUCAAGAGGAAGAACAGUUUCUUUGUUUCCUGUCAUCAUUAAUAGAGUCCAAAAUAACUGGGCAAAGGGGAGAAGAACUAAGCUUUCUCCUGCCAGAGGAUAUUGUACAUGCUUUUGUCUUGCCUUACCUUUCCUUUUCAAGCCCUCAACCAUGCAGACUUGAAGUGUGCCUUCGACUUUUACAAUCAGCAUUGGCCCAAAUAUCCACAGAUGAUGACACUCACUGGAUAAUGAACUGCUCUCCAUUUGCUCUCCUGUACUGUCUUGCUCAGCUUAUGAAUAAUUGCAGUAAGUGCUGGGAACAACAAUUAGAGGGCGAUAUUGUUAUAACUCUUGAAUCCAAAGAGUUGUUGAUCUCAAUUUUGACCACAAUGGGCAAGGCAGUUGGCAAGGAAGUGGCUCUUACUCCUAGUACUUGGUCCAGAGCACUUUCUUGGCUUUAUGCAAAAGUGGAAAAACUUGACUGGACUGUCCGCUUUCACCUAAAACAAGUGUGGGGAGAGCAUUUCAAAUAUGAAGUGCCAAGCUCCCUUAUGGCUGUAUCUGUGCUUUCUGAGCAGGAGUGGUCUGGAUUAGAAUUGCCUCAUUAUGGUCAAGGCACUGGCCUUUUGGCCUGGAUUGAAUGUUGUUGUCUGUCAGAUCACAUUCAGGAAAUAAUGCUGGACACCCUAUCUCUAAACAUGCUGGACCCAGAGGAAUUAAACAUGUUCAGUAAAGGCCUGUUGGUUGCGGUGUCUCAGGUUCUCCCCUGGUGCACAGUUGGUGAAUGGCAGAGGCUACUGAAAGUCUUGCAUGAACUCCUCCAAUCAAAUAAGCUUCAUGUACCAUACUCCCUGGAAUAUGUGGACUUCCUCCCAUUACUCAACCUUCGUUCAUUUCCUAAUGACUUGCAGGUGUCUGUAUUUCUGCUUCGUAUGUUUCAGCUGCUUUGUGGCUCCAGCUGUGCAGGAUGGUUGCCUAAACAAGGCUGGGCGCAUGUAGGCCUGCUAUGUGCUUCUGCCAUGAGGGGCAUCAUUGACUCUGUGAGGAACAAAUUGCCACUCCAAUCCACCACCUCUUCUAAAAGCCCCAUAAUGAGUAUUGAAAAUCUCAGUCAAGAGGUUCUGUUUGUGCUGACUCAGUUGUUCUGCCAUGUUCUCCACAUGCAGGUGAUGAUUCCUGGACAGCCAGAGCCUUUGUUUCUGUGUGCACUGGAAAUUUUGUCUCACUAUGAAGCUGUACUCUCUGCAUACCCCAAAAGUAGCACUACCCUACAGGUAGCCAAUACACGCCACUUCCUGACCACCAUUACAGACAAUCUGCAGUGCACAGACAUGAAAGCUGUCCUACACCAGAAGAUUGCUCAGCUGUGAGGAUAAUAAUGCUUUUGCUUUACAAAUAAACCUCUUGGUAAAUUAAAUACACUCUUUAAUUUGCCCUCACAAUAAAAUACCAUUAGCACAGCA